UCAGAGUGAACACACACACACACACACACACACUCCAUCAGUUUCCACUGAGGAUCGAACCCCUGACCUUUGUCUCAGGGCAACAUCACUCUCCACCUUAUGACCCUUCUCCUUUAAUUAAUGAUUCAUGUUAGCUACUACAGUGAUGUGUGACGUCACUUUCUAACUCUUUAUUUUCAUAAAGAAAUGUGGUUUGAUUUUCUGCUAAAAUGAUAAAAAAAAAAUCACGAAUAAAUCUCGACACUGAACAUCGGUCUCGUUCCUGUGAAGCCUGUAGGAGUCUCGGGCCGCGGCCACAGGUGGCGCUGCAGCAGCCGCAGGAUCAGCAGCGGUGUGUCUCAGCAGCGUCAGCCGCAACAAGAGGCUCCGGGGCGGCAGCUCGGUCAAAAUGGAGACCCUGAGAGAAGCAGUGAUGCAGCGACUGACCGCGGCGGCAGAGGAGAUUUUGGGCUUGUUUGAAAAAACCAUGGUGGAGUUCGAGGCGGAGAUGAUCCGACAGCUGAAGCCGGACAUCAGCGCCAGAAGUCCGGCCUUGGGUCUGCUCCCUCCACGGAUCUCAGGUGUCAGCAGCGCUGCCCCUCAGCAGCAGGAGUGGUGCCCCAGCAUCAAGGAGGAAGAGGAGGAGAUGUGGUCCAAUCAGGAGGAGGAUGUCACCGCGGUGACCGUGAAGAACGAGGAGGACGAGGAGAGGCCCGAGUCGUCACAGCGCCACCAUCAGAGCCGCGCGGACGACUUCGUCCGCGCGUCGUCAUCCAAUUCUGCUCUGGUUCUUCAGCACCACGACGGCUCACCGACAGGCACCGAGUCUGGGGCGCGGACCCCGGCGGGGGCCAAGGUGUUCACCUGCGAGAUCUGCGGCAAAGCCUUCACCCAGAAGCUCCACCUGAUGCAGCACAUGUCGUGUCACGCCGGCGACACGCUCUUCUGCUGCGGCGUCUGCCACAAAAGGUUCACGCUGCUGUAUCAGCUCCGGAAACACGAGCGCGUCUGCCGCAGCGGCGACCCCGUGCAGCUCCACAUCCAGGAGUUGUCCGAGGGCCGGGCCAAGAAGAAGCAGGUCCCCUGCCCCGUGUGCGGCGAGGUCUUCGGCUCCAACGACUCCCUGAGAAGACAUUUUCGUUGUCACACGGGGGAAAAACCGUUCGGCUGCCCCAUCUGUGGUCGACACUUCAGGGACCGUGGGAACAUGGGGAAGCACAUGGUGCUGCACACGGGGGAGAAACGCUUCGGCUGCGACACCUGCGGACAGAGGUUCACCUGGAAAGUCCAGCUGAAGAAACACAAGUGUGACGGGCAGGCGGCCACCGCAGCCACGGCAACAGAACCAGAGCCAGAAUAGGUGUCAUGUGACCUGGUCUGGUUCAGGAGGGGGGGCCGGGGGGGCGUGGCCUUGAAACACCAGUGUUAGAGAGUGGACAUCUGUGACUGGAGACACUGACUGAAUGUAAAAAAUAGUUCUAGUUUAUAAACUAGGAAAGAAACCCGCUGUUCUCUUGAUGCCCGGCAGAGGGCGACUGUCGUUAUGUAUUGUCACUGAGAAUUUUUUUUUUUCAUUUGGUUAAAGUUUUCAGUUUUCAAUUGAUUUUAGUUCCUACUAACUGUGGAUAGUUGUGAUUUAGAAGGUUAAAGUGACAUCUGGUGGUGAAGCAGCAUAUGACAUCCUAAACUUUGUCAUAAAGUUUUAACAUAACUAGUUUAUAUUUACCAGACAUGAACUUUCAAAUCUUGUUUUUAGUUUUUUUAAAUAUAAAACUUGAAUAACGUACGUUUAGAUUUUUGUUCUUUUUCGUUAUUAACUUUUCAUAGUUUUUAAUAAUGAAAUGAGUCAAAAAUAAAGAUUUACUGCUGUG